AUGUGUACUAGCAUCAGGGUGCCCCCAACGCCCUUGUCUACAGACAACCGCACCAACGUGAUCAGCAUUGCUAAGGACCGACAGAACUGUGACCUGCAGCAGAUGGUCAUCAACCAGCAAGCCCAACUCAACGCCCCGCCGCAGCCGAUCAUCAUCCAGCAAGCACCAGGUCUGCAAUGCUCGCACAUCCGUGUCUACGCUCCACGCACUUUCUCUGGUGUCUCCAACGACAAGGGUGUCUAUGACCCCACGCCACGCGACUUCAUCCGGAACAUGCGAAACUACCUCGUUGCUGAAGAAGAAGCCGCCGGUAACCCGCUCACCGACCACAACAAGAUUGUGCUGGUCUCCAUGCUCCUCGACCAGUCCACAGCCAUGUGGUAUGAGCAGAUUAUGGCUGAAUAUGCGGAGUAUCGGCAGAUGGCAGAUCGAGCCCAGCAGCAGGGACAGCCAGUACCGGCUUGCACCGGCCCACUCCUUGAUCUUGACACAUUCUGGAGCACCUUCCUUCAGCAGUUCAAGGACGUCAAUAUCUAG